AUAAUGAAUUAUAUAGCAAUAACAAAAUAAUUCAUUUGGGUUAUUAAUGUAUGUUCAAAGUUCAUUAAAUACUUCUCACUCUACUGAGUAAAUUAAUUUUCGGCUAUUUAAUGAAUUUUUGGAAUUAAUUUUUAUUAAUUAAUUUCGGAUAAUUGAUUGAAUUUGAGUUUUGUGAAACGAUGUAACCUUUGAGAAGGGAACUGCCGUUUUCUCAUAUCUUAUAAGAGACGUUGGCCAGAAGAUUGAGUUCCAACGUUCAUCUUCUUCUCCUCGUUUUUCCAUCUCCAAAAAACAUAAACACAGAAGUCACGAAAGGUGCUGCUUUCUGACUUUGAUUGGAGGGACACCUGGAGGGUGGUUUGCCUAAAUCCUACCAGAAACAACAUAGUGGGGGCAAAUAAACACUCUAAGGAGAGUGAUCAAAAUCACGCAUUCAAUCCAUUUUCUCCAUACUAUUUCCCUGACAAAAAUGCCACAUGGGAGAAGUGAAGAUCAACCUGUGGCUGCUAUCAUCCUCCCUGCUGGAGAUAUCUGAGCAGUUAAAAGAUUUGAUUUUGACUUUAGAGGUAAUGGCUUCUCAUGUUUACUAAUUAUACAAGUGAAGCAUAUGAAAUCUGCGGAAAGACAAGUUAAUGUGUUGGAUGGUGUUGGUUUGAUUAAUGGGCCUUAUGUGCAUGGGCCGAAGGCCCGUUACUCAACAGCUCACUCAACAGUCAGUUCAGGCUUCUCCACCGUCUUCGUCUCUGUAUCCCCAGACCUCGUCAUCUACGACUUCUUCCAGCCCUGGGCACCCCGCUUAGCCGCUUCCCUUCUCCACAUCCCAUCCGUCGAAUUCAUCACCACCGGCGCCGAUGGCUUCCCAUUUCUACAAAUUCGGUGCGGAGAAAAAGUCAAUCCUGUUUUCUUCGAUUCGUCUCCGGGAACGUACGGGACCAGGAAGCGUUUGCCGAGUUGAUGUGAAUCCGCCACUGCCGAGGACAUAACUCGAUACGAGCGCUGCAUCGAACGAUCCUCCCGAGUAGUAAUUAUCAAAAAUUUUCGAGAAAUCGGAGGCAACUACCUCGACUAUUUAAACCAUCUCACCGGAAAUAAGUUCCUCCCCUCGCUAGUGGUAGAUGAUGAAACAGAGCAAGAUGGGAAGAAUAGAGACGACAUCAUUGAAUAAUUGGACUAGAAAAAGAUCAAGUUGCUCCGUUGUAUUCGUCUCCUUCGGUUCUGAAUUCUUCCCCUCCCUCGGGGACCUAAUCCGGGAAAUCUAUUUGGUGGAAGAAAUUGGAGUUGGGGUGGAGGUGAAGAGAGACGGGAAUGGGGAGCUUGAGAGAGGGGAAAUCGCAAAGGUGAUUAGAGAAGUGGUGAUGGAGGGGAGUGGGAAGAAAAGGCGAGGAGGAAAGCGAAGGAGACGAGUGAGGUGACGUGGAGGAAAGGGGACGAGGAGGUGGAUUCCGUAGCGGAAGAGCUACGACUACGAGAGCUUUGUUUCGAUUGAUCCCGUUAGGACGGACAUGGCUGUUUAAUUAUGAUUGGAUGCGAUGAUGACUGAGCAGCUUUGCUGAUAGGGAUUGCCAGCACGUUAUUGAAAAUUGCAAUUUAGUACUUGUCGAUUUUAUGGAUUUUGGAUAAUAUAUUAACUCAACCUAGGACUUCUCUGUUUGGUUUAGGGUCAUUGUCACUUACAAGUGUUCUCAUAAACAAGAACAAACGUACUUGAAAUUCAACAAAUAACGCAAAAUUAUCACACAUAUAUGAUAAUAAUUUACUUAGCAUUGACCAGUUGCUAUAUUUUAAAUCCUUACACAUUAAUAAAAGGAAAUGCAAAUUGCACAAAUUGUCGGAGAAAAAACACCACGAGAGUAAUAAUAUAUAGCAAGAAGCACAUGAUAGUUGUCUAUCCCUACACUCCAAAACUUGUUUCUUAAAUCCUUGCAAAAAAAUCAAAAUAAACAUCAUACCGUUUUUUGAGUAAUUUUUCCAAUUUUCGAUUACGAAAACUUCAACCCAAUCUUGGAUUUCUCAAUCGCAUUUGGAACAAGUCAUCAUUUGCCAGAUCUAACUUGCAUUCUCCUCUUCUUGUUUCUCUUAAAUCAUAGUUUCAUCACAAUAAACUUUGUAGCUUUCGACUAAUUAUGUGUGCUAUGCUAUGAAAACUUUGGAUACAUUCUCCUCUUGAAAUUUAAGCUCCCAUUCGAAGAGGUCUCGAUGUCAUCGAGUUGGUCGUCGGGGGUGGCCAAGGAGAGGGGCUGGUGUAGGCGGCUGGCGAGAAUAGUGCGACGGAGUGGUGGAGGUGGUUGGUUUGGCUGGAGGGAGGGUAGAACUAGGGUUUGGGUAGAUUAUAUAGAAUAAUCGGGUGUGGUCACUAUUUCAUUUCCAAAAUUACCCUAAAAGCAUCUUGACUGUAAGAUUAAAAAAAGGGAAAAUAUGAAAUCUAAUGGUAUAUAAAGAGGUACGACUACGACUACGACUACGAGAGCUUUGCUUCGACUAAUGGUAUAUAGCGGAAGAGCUACGACUACGACUACGAGAGCUUUGCUUCGAUUGAUCCCGUUAGGACGGACAUGGCUGUUUAAUUAUGAUUGGAUGCGAUGAUGACUCAGCAGCUUUGCUGAUAGGGAUUGCCAGCACGUUAUUGAAAAUUGUAAUUUAGUACUUGUCGUUAACAGAAAUGCUGACGUUGCUACCUAGAUUUGGCUUCAAUGGUUUAGUUGAAACAAAAUCCAAUUAAGUGGCUAGUGUACAAUUCAACACCUCCACCUCCACCUCCGAUCUACGCUUCUCAAUCUCCAGAAUCACCAGGGAGCAACUAAGUAGUGGGGGCAAAUAAACACUCUUAAGGAGAGUGAUCAAAAUCACGCCUUCAAUCCGUUGUUUCCCUGACAAGGUAUCGAUCCUUUCUAAGAAGUGUAUGAUUUCAAUAAAGUGGUCCAAGAAAA